AUGAUUCUGAAAGUCUUGAUGUUGUUGGUGUGUGUUGAAUUGGUGGAUUUAUGUAAUGUUCGACCAGAAGGAACAUGUGAAGCUGGAUGGACUUAUUAUAAGAGAGAAAAAACUGGAUGGUGUAUGAAACUGGUCGCUCAAAAUAAUUUGAACAAAACCGAUGCUGAAAAAAUUUGUAAUAACUUAGGAGCUGUUAUCUCAUCAAUCGAUAAUAUGGCCAUGUACAAUUUCACUUUUAGUCUUUCAAAUGAUACAUCGCUACAAGCUUGGCUUGGUGCAAAAUUGAUAGCUAAAUGUGAUUGUGGGAUGGCUGUAUGCCCUUGGAUUGAUGGAUGUGAUGAAACUGGAUAUAUAUGGACUGAUGGUUUAAGUUUAACAACUCCAUCUAAUUCGAUUGAUAAAAUUAUUGCGUAUGGUCCAGGCAUUUCAGCGAAUGGGACAAAAACCUAUAAUCGACUUGACUCACUUUGUUUCAACUUUGAUUGGUGUGAGUUUAAAAAAUACUAUUGAAUAUACCAUAAAACCGUAUCUUCAGUUGCUCAAACAUGUAACUCUGAUUGGCUAUUGACUUCUGUGAUUUGUGGAAAACCGGUUUAA